CAAACAAAAUGACAACAAUGUCAUCUAGUCAUUUUCAUCUCCUUGUUCUCUUCUUUUUCAAUUUACACUCAAUUACUCACUCGGAUCCACAACAAACGCCCUUCAUAUCUUGCUUACAAGCCAAAAUAGGAGUAUUAACUUCUACCCUCCAUAUACCUAAAUCCUCAUCAUAUACACCAAUCUUACAAGAAUACAUCAAAAAUAGUCGUUUCAACACAAGUACAAUCCCUAAACCUAUCUACAUUGCUACUCCUAGUACGACGGCUGAUGUUCAAGCCGUCGUUGUUUGUGCUAUGGCCACCAAUCUGCAAAUAAAGAUCAGGAGUGGUGGCCAUGACUACGAAGGUGUUUCCUACACCUCUAUAGAGCAAAAUUUUAUUGUUCUUGAUAUGUUCAAUUUUAGAAACAUAUCAGUUAAUGUUGGAUCUCGGAUAGCUUAUGUUCAAGCCGGGGCCCAAAUGGGUGAGCUUUAUUAUAACAUUUGGAAAGCUAGUAAAACUCUUGGGUUUCCAGGAGGGGUAUGCCCCACCAUGGGUGUUGGUGGGCAUAUAAGUGGAGGUGGAUAUGGUGCCAUGUUGCGUAAAUUCGGGUUGUCUGUUGAUAAUGUAGUAGAUGCUGAGUUAGUUGAUGCGAAUGGGCAUGUUUUGAAUCGAAAAAGUAUGGGUGAGGACCUUUUUUGGGCCAUUCGGGGUGGUGGUGGUGCUAGUUUUGGGGUUAUAUUAUCAUACACUCUUAAAUUAGUUGAUGUACCAAAAAUAGUAACAGUUUUUCGUGUUGAAAGGGUCUUAGAAGAAAACGCAACGGUUUUGGUUGAUAAAUGGCAAUACAUUGCCCCAAAUAUUGAUAAUCGUCUUUUUAUUAGGCUACUAAUUCAGCCCAUAACAAGGAAACCAUAUGGAAAGACAAUUCGGGCCAGCUUUAUAGCAUUGUUUCUUGGAUAUGGUCAAGAACUUAUAGAUGUUAUAAAUAAAGAAUUUCAAGAGUUGGGUGUAAAUGAGAAUAACAUACAUGAAAUGAGUUGGAUGGAGUCUGUCCUUUUUCUUGCUAAUUUCGCCAACAAGACUACACCCGAAAUUCUUCUAAAUAGACACUCGGAUACAGUAGGUUUUGGUAAAAGAAAGUCGGACUACUUUCAAAAUCCUGUUCCAAAAUCGGGUUUGGACUUGAUAUUCAAAAAGAUGCUAGAGUUAGGGAAAGUUGGGUUCGUUUGGAACCCGUAUGGGGGAGUAAUGGGUGAAAUCCCUGCAUCCGCAACACCAUUUCCUCAUCGGGCUGGGUUUUUGUGGAAAAUGCAAUACUCCAUUAACUGGAAAGCUGGAGGAGCGGAAACUGAAAAUGAGUAUUUAAAUCAGAUACGAAGUUUGUACGAUUUCAUGACACCAUAUGUGUCGAAUUCUCCUAGAGGUGCAUUUCUAAACUAUCGGGACCUUGACAUCGGUAUCAAUCACAAUGGUGCAAAUAGUUACGAUGAGGGAAAGGUUUAUGGCGAAAAAUAUUUCUUGGGAAAUUUUAAUAGGCUUGUUAAAAUCAAGACUUUUGUUGAUCCAUAUAAUUUCUUUCGCAAUGAGCAAAGUAUACCUGUAUUGAAACAAAUAUGAACACUAAGUUUUGUUUAUGAAAUGAAUGAAAGUUACCAUUGCAGUCAA